AAUCAGCGGUCGCACUAGUUACCAUAUCGACAGAGUAGAUGUUUUGAAAGAAGCUUACAUCUGAGACGAAAACGCCAGAAAUAUCGAACUCUAGACCGUAAUUUAGUGACAAAUUAGUGGUUCCACACCAAGGAUGGAUUCUGAAUAUCUAAAGAAACAUGUAGGGGAGGCUUUGUCGCUCGGCUUGGCCGAGAUCGUCAAUAAGAGACCAGUUGACCCAAUCGAGUAUCUGGCAUUUUGGCUGCGAAAAUACGUUGAGAACACAGAAUUUGCGGCAAAGAAAGAAGAGGAAGCAGCCCAACUUCAAUUGGAAAAGGAACAAGCUGAGCAGGAGCGGCUCAGGAAAAUGAAAAUGGAUGAAGAGGCAGAGGUCAUUGCUCGCCAGGAGGCGUAUGAGAAAGCAGCUAAAGAAGAGGUUGUUAUUGAUGACAAGCCACGCCCAAUGCCACCAGAAAUAACAGCAACGCUUCCUCCAGUUGCAGAGGGUGAUGAGAGUGUUGACGAACCCAGCGCAAGCGAGCCGACCCAAGCUCCCGCCACUCAGGGCGCGACAACUGCCGAAGCGCCAGCCGCGGAGGGGAAUGAGGACGAGAGGCAGGAGGCAAAAGAUGCAGACAGUGAGUCGGCGGCAGGAGAGGCGGUCUCGGGCGAGGCUGGUGCCAGGGCUGAAGACUCUGCACAAAAAGGCGCCGCAGAAGAAAGCAAAGAAGAAAACCAACCAGCAGAAGAUGGUGGCCCACCAGAAGACACUGGGCCAGACGCUCCGACAGACCAGCCUGAAAUGGAGGCCCCGGUAGAACAAGAACCCGCGCCUGCGGAAGAGGAGGCACCCGCUGAAGAGACUCCAAAGGAAUGAGCCGAUAGUCUGGGUCAGAUUAGUGCUACGAAUCUUUAACUGCCGAAAAAAAACGAGGGAGAUUUUUUAGUCGCUUUUUAUUUGCGAACUAAAUCCACUUGAACUACUAUGAAUUUUAAACAUCCAACAGUAAAAUCUGCUCUAUUGAUAAUAAUAUAUUGUGUAGUAAUAUCCAUACCCCCCCCCCCCCCCCAUUGAGGUGAUUGGAAAUUCCAGGCGGGGUGAGGUGUUCAAACGCCCAGGAAUUUCCAGAGGGGAGGGGGGGGGGGGGGUAAAAUUCCCUUUUUUCCUUAACAGUUACUGUAUAUAUUUUCUACAGGGGGUGGGGGUCAUACCUCCGAGCCCCUCAAGAGGGGGUUAUGGAUAUUUUCUGGAACUGCACAUUCCAGAAUGAUAAAAUAUUUCUCAAUAUCUUAUAAAUACAACCAAAACAGCAGUAUGGCACAAGUCUGAGUCUAUUCAAGAUGUAAUACUCGUAACAUAACAUGUAAAGCAUAAAGAAGCUGUUUAGUCAAAGAUUUUUAACUUGUUUUAUAAUUAUACUAUUUAACAUGGAAUUGAAAACUUACCAGUAGAAUCAGACUUGUUGUCUGUAGCAUGCCCUCGUUUGUUGAAAUUUGUUUAAGGGACACAGGACCCGAUUGAUAUUUUGCGGGAAUGGAUGAGCUAUGAAUCAUGAAAACCUCGAUCCUUCCAAGAACGCCUAGUUUAGACGCCGUUUUUCUAUGUACCGUUAUCCCAAAUGCAAAUUGAGGUGAAACCAUCCACUUGGUUCAUUUGCAAGCAUUUGCAUUUGACACACGGUACAUGGUAAGAACGGCGUCUUAUGCCAUAGCCGCUAAGCAAAAGUAACAUAUUCGUGGAAGUUUAGUGUUAUGAACAGUUUCUGGUGGACCCCCGCUCCCACGAGGUCCACCUUUAACCCCAAUUUAAACUGCAUUUCCUCCUGUGUAUGCUUUUCGCAGUUUCCCUGACCAAUACGCAACUUCUAUUGUUGUUGCGCAUUGUUUAUUCAGGGGCUGCAGGGUGGUUCAAAAAGUGGGGGGAGGAAGUGGCCGGGGGGCUGGAGGGAUAGUGAUAUGAGAGGGUAGGGGGUUCCUGGGGUUGAUGUAGAGUGAAGAUAAAGAUGAAUACAAACAGAUUUAAAACUA